AUGUCGCGUACUUUCUCUACAAAUGCCCGAUCUUUACUCCAAAUCAUUUGGAAAAAUACUGAGCGAGUUGCAAAUGGCCGAGAGCAUCCAUCCCAGAAAGACCCUAAGCUUCGUGUCUCUGGGCAAGUUUUCACCAAAGACGGAGUCCGCAUUACAUCCGGUCAUUGGUACCAUGAUGGAGAGGUGAAAUUUUCGAAGGACGAAUAUAAUGAAUAAGAUUGGAGUCAGAAGGGGACUUACAGAUGUUGAAAGUCUGAAGUUUGUACUGCGAUGAUUAUUGUUUGUAGCUAGUUAC